UCUCUGUGUCUAGAGCAUCAUUCUCAGUUUACUGUACAAAUUCAGUAUACAAGCGAUGGUAGGAGGGGAAGAGGAUGAUGAAAUAAUUAACUUCCUUAAAAACCACACAAGUUACCCACCGAAAAAAUCACAGAGAAGUUGGACUGCUGAUGAAGCAUUGUAAAGCUCACAGUGCUUAUGAAACAUGUCCGAGUCGGUGGUCUACUCUGAAGUGAAGUACAAAAAGGAGUCAAAUGCAGACAUAGGCAGAACUGAACCGCAGAUAAAAGUCUCACUUGAGUCACCGGAGGAUGACGUGGUGUAUGCUGCUGUGGUCCAUAAGACUGAUUACACAACUCAACCAGAGCCUCCUAAAUCAGCUGCACCUGCUGACUCUUCCUCCAAAGGGUCAAAGGGCAUCAGGAGGCGCGGCCUUCUGCUAUUGGCUGUGGUGGUGCUCUGCAUUCUUAUCCUGGGAACUGCCAUCGGUCUGAGUUUAUACUAUUCUUCUCAAAACACAACGACAAAUGCUCCCAACAAACAACAUUCAGCACAGGACAAUCGACACACAACACAAAGUACAAAAUAUUCAACAUCGUUAAAAAAUAAUCCUUCAAAUCCCACAGCAGAAUGUCAGCCUGCUAAAUGUGGCCCUGGCUGGGAAUCACAUGAUGGACAGUGCUACUUCUUCUCUAAUAAGACUCUAAACUGGACUCAGAGUCAAGAAGAAUGUGUCUGUAUGAAGAGCCAUCUGGCAAUCAUAAAUGAUGAAGGAGAGCAGAAACUGUUGAUGGGGAUAAUCGCACCAAAAAUGCAAGAACAUGAGGACAAGUUCUGGAUCGGUCUGAAUGAUAGACAGACAGAAGACACAUGGCGAUGGGUGGACAACACUUCUCUCAAUACAAACAAAACGUUCUGGCUGGAUAAACAGCCUGAUAACUGGAAGGGGUAUAAUAAUGAAUAUCCUGAUGGAGAGGACUGUGUACGAAUGGGAGAGAAGAACUUUAAAGGCAAUAGUGCAGCUGCAGCAGGCUGGGUGGAUGCAGCCUGUGUGAGAGAGUUCAAAUUUAUUUGUGAAACCAAAGCUUGCUAAUAAUCACAGAGAAUCAUACAUCUUACUUCUUAUAGUCUCAUAGUCAAUAUCAAUGGCAUCAAUAAACAUCCUUAUUAGAGAUCUGUUGCUUGCUAUAAAUAUUUUACCAUGAUAACUUAAAUAUCUUAUUGUCAUGUCAAGAGUGUUGUACAGUUUUUUCUCAAGUCACAUGUAAUAAAACACGAAUCCAACGGAAAGUUGA